AUGGUGUGGGCGAGGACGCUUCAACCCUUGAGGCGACUCUGCCGAGGUCAGCUCUGCCGAGCUGCUCCACGUGGGAAAGUACAUGGAAAAGCAUUCUUUCCUCUGGGUGCAGGAGGAGUGUCCUUCUUUUUGAGCAAGGGACACUUACUGCUGGACGAGGAGGAAGAUGAGGAAGAGGAGGAAGACUUCUCUGCGCACUCAUGGAACAAGUGCCAACCGGAGCCCUUCGCCAGUGGGGCUCAGGUCUUCGUUUGGGGACAUCAUGCAUGUUGGCCGGUCUGCGAGGCCGCCGAGGCGGCGCGCGCGCCGGAGACCGGCAUCCACGCGCCCACCGAGGCGGCCUGGUUCAGACAAUAUGCUGAGCAGAACAACUGCAAGUGGCAACAGCUGAGCUUCGGCCCGAGCUUCGGGGCCUCCCGCACCGACACCGGCGACGCUCGGUGGGGCUCGACGUUGAGGAAGGAUGGCAAGAACCGGCAAUAUGCUCCUCCUCGCCCUUUGUUCCUCAAGGAUGAGACAGAGUUGAGGUUCCGAGAUGUGCAAUGCUCGGAGUCCUCGGUCUGGGGCCUCACGGCGGCGGGGGACGUGGUCGUUUGGCAGAGGGUGCCCCGGAUCGGAGAUGAUCCGAAGACUUCCCCGCCAGGAGAAGAGAGCUUACCAACACCGUCCAAUCCUUCAGUCGUCCAGCUGCGUGCGCUCCUGGAGGCAAGAGCGGAGAAGGAGUGCGUCACAUACGACGAGGCAACCGAGCUCAUGUUACGCAGCACGCAGUGCGAGUCGACCGUUCCGGGCCGGCCACAAGUGAUGUUUCUCCUGAAAGUCAUAGGUUGUGCCCUGGCAUUAGCGAUCAUUCUGCUGCUCUUCCUGCUCUUGACUCGAGAGAACUUUCGAGACAUCAGCACUGAAAGCGGCUUGCUGAUAGCCAGCCAACCUGGGCAGGUGGUUGCCUUGGGCGUCGCGCGGCAAGCAAGGAGCCUGGCGUCUUGUGCCACCUUGCCAGCCAGCACCCUGCAACAUCUCCGAGAUGUGGCGCUCGUUCACCAGGGUCAAUGGAGGUGUCUACAGAUCUCCAGUGUGGUGAAGUAUAGUGACUCCCAUCUAUGGCUCGAGGCAGCUGAUGGCUCCGCACUGCGGAUAUACGGCAGCAAGGUGUUCAUGCGGAGUGGUUGGCUGGGAGAUGAGGAGGUGCUGAACGCCUCUGACAGCUUCGAGACGGCCAACAGCAGCACCGCAGUGGCUCCCAUGGCCACCUUUGACCUCGUCGUCGAGUGA